CUCAAAACGUUUCGAAAAAAUAAAAUAGACAAAAUCCACAUAUUUUUCAGAUAGUUUCGCGUUAUUUUUACUAACUACAAUACAAAUUUAUGAAUAUUUUCUUUUACAAAACUGAAAUAAAUUCAACAAAUAAAAUAAACAAAAAUUCGAAUUCUUAAACAUCGCUAAAAAUAAAUGUAUAGAAAUUAUCACGGCAACUGCUGCUGCUGUACUGAAUAUAAUUUAAAUAACUUAAACCAUUGCUGCCAUUUCCUGACCCCAUCUUGUGACUUAAACUGUUGUCCAUGUGAAUUGCAUUGCUAUCACGCAACUAAACGUUUGCCUCAAUCAUAUCGUAAACUAACGACCAUGCCUCCAAAACUAAAUACAACAAGCGAAACUUCUUCGGGCAAAAAUAGUGCAAAAUUAAAAAAGAAAACAAAACCGAAAAAAGGCAGUAAAAAUGGCGUACAAAGCAGAGAUUCAGCUAUUGAAAAAAUUUCACUAAAUGAUAGAAUAGCCAGUAUUACUAGCUCUAAUAGUGAAAAUCCCAGACGCAGCUUUCCAGACGGGAGUAAUAAUGUGCGUUUGUCGCAUUCUGAAAGUUUGGUAGGAAGAAGAUCGAGUACUGGCAGUGGAAACAACGGCAUUCAGAAUUCCGAUUCCUAUUGUAACUACCAAUGUGUUUGUAGACCCUCGAAGGGUUGCCUGGGGAAACCAGCAAUCAAUUUUAAUCUGCUCACACACAAUGGUAUGCCCAUUAAGCAAACCUAUCCAGAUAGGGGUCCAAGUUACAGAAUAAGUAGUAAUCACAUAAAACAGAAUGAGUUCAAUUACAUUGCUUUGGAAAACUUACCACCGCCACUAAAUAGCAAUAGAAUCUCCAAUAACUCAAGAAAUUCUUAUACAACUCAACCCAGUUAUGUUAGACAAGGCUACAAUAAGUCUCCACAUCAAUCUCAUUUAUCUUCAGUCUCAAAAUCUAGUACCCGUUUAAACUGUCAGCACUCUGCAAAGAAAUGCUCACUCACUAAAAAUCUAUCUUGCUCAUGCAAUUGCAAUCUCUGCCGUAAAACAUCACCCACGGGAACCAGCUCCGUAAGAUCAUCUAGACAAUCGUUUUCAUCCUCGAAAAGUUGCCCUCAACUGGAUGUUAUUAAUGAAGAAGAAGCUGAAAAUGAAGAAUAUGCUAAUUUCGUUAGUAACCAAAGUUUUCGAAAUUCAACAGAGUCUUAUACAAAGCCUGAGUCUCGCUCAAAACCAAUUGUAACAGGCACGCCUAAAAUACAAAAAUCUUUAGAAGAUUCUUGCGCAGAUUUCUUAAAUAUUGUUUGUGACAAUAUUUUGGAAUCCGUACAAAAAUCUGUCGAUAGUAAGCUGCAAGAAUAUAGCAGCAAUGUAGUACAAAAUUUCGAGAGCCUGGGACAAAAGUUGGAAAAGAGUGAAUCAGCUGUGAAAAGUUUGUGUAUGGAAAUUAUGGAAAAAAUGACUGAGCAAAACAAAAAUAAUUUGGUACAAAUUUGUUCAGUUGUACAAAAUCUAGUGGAAAAUCAAACAGCCAAUCAAUAUGCCAUGACAAGAAACAAUUGUCAAGAUAAAGAAUGUCAGUGUGAGCCAGAGAUAAAGGAAGAGAAUGAAUUCAUUACAGAUGUUGUACAAGAUAUUAAUAAUGGGAAUGCUCUUAAGGAAGAAACCACAAUGGCUGCUGAAAUACAAUUGUGUACAUGUUGCCAUUGUAAUGAUACAAAUCCUUCGUUAAAUGAGAAAAAUCCUAAGGAAGUAACCACAAAUAAUGCUAAAAAUGACGAUGGUCGUAUGGAGAAAUCGACAAGUGAUGCUAAACCACAGAGGUGUAGUUGCUGCCAUUGUAACGAUGCGAAUUCUGCCCACACAUUAGCGCUAUAUAAAUCAUAUUCCAGCAGUACCAUAGAAGAACAAAUUGACCAUCCUCUUCGCUCUACAGAACAAAGUGGUCUUAUGCAAAACGCCCACUCGUUUGGGAGAAAUGAAGGUGGUAGGGAAGAUGAUAUAAAAUUAUUGACACUACCCAUUAAAUAUCCUCCACAAGAAGAUUCUUCACCCAGGAGCUCUACUGGAAGAGAUGAUUUAAGAAUUGUGGGAAAGCCUGUACAAUUUUCUCCUUCAGAAGUGGCUUCUCCUAGGAAAUCAUGUGUAAGAUGUAUGAAUUUAAAUAAGGAGGAGGAUAUACCAAUUUCCAAGCUAUAUCCACCACCUGAAGAGGAAACUUCAUCAGCUAGAGCAUUAAAUUCUCAGCAUGAUAUUUCUCCGCAAAUGUUUACAACUUUUAGUUUAACACCUUCUGGGAAGACCAUCUUCAAUUGUAACUGCUCUAAGGAGUGCAAGUAUGAUGGUAGCGAUAAUGUAAGUGUGUGUGUUAAAUCGGUUUGUAGAAAUAUUUAUGAUAAUUAUGAUACGAGUGGUUAUGCCACCGAACCAGAGGACAAUAAUGACCCAGCAGCUAGCAAUAGUGCACGCAAGAAAUUGCAAAAGAAGGCUUCCAAGCAACAGUGCAGUUCUCAGACUUUAAUGGCAAUUGGUCAGGAAAUUGUAAAUGGUAGACAGAUAAGCAGAAGAACCAGUAAAACGAAUUCUUCCAAGGAUAGUAAUGCAUCGCCAACAAGAUUAUCGCGUUUGUAAUUAUGGUUUAAUAUUUUUAUUAAACCUUUCACUUUUUGCCUAAAAGAAAUCCUAAAAACUUGUAAAAUAUCAUUUAUUUGGAAUGCAAUUACUUAUUUUGAAUAA